AUGGCGGCAACUAUCACAGCUAUCGUGACGGACACCAUCACAAAGACUGCAGCUAUGUCUGCCACAGUAUCCUCUACAGCUAGAGCAAAAGCUCAGGGUGGAAUUUUGGAAGGCGAAAAUCCAACACAUUACAACCCCAAGGAUCCUAUCAUUAUAUUCAUCAUUCAGGCUGGUGUGAUUAUUCUGUUUUGCCGAUUGCUGCAUUGGCCUCUAUCAAAAAUUCGACAGCCGCGUGUCAUCGCAGAAGUCAUUGGUGGUGUCUUGCUCGGUCCCUCGGUCAUGGGUAGAAUUCCUGGAUUUACAGCUACCAUCUUUCCAGCAGCUGCACAGCCAAAUCUCGCUCUGGUGGCCAACAUCGGUCUGGUACUUUUCCUGUUCAUAGUGGGUCUGGAAGUCGACUUGCGAUAUCUGGCGAGCAAUUGGAAAGUUGCCUUGAGUGUCGGACUUGCUGGCAUGGCAUUACCCUUUGGUCUGGGUUGUGGCAUUGCUGUUGGCCUACAUCGCCAAUUCUCGGAUGAGGAUGGAACUGAGCCAGUUGCCUUCGGCACAUUCAUGUUGUUUGUGGGUGUGGCCAUGGCUAUCACUGCUUUCCCGGUAUUGUGUCGCAUCCUUACCGAACUCAAGCUCUUGUCGACAUCUGUUGGAGUUAUCGUAUUGUCUGCUGGAGCUGGUAACGAUGUCACUGGUUGGGUCCUUCUUGCGCUCUGUGUGGCUCUAGUCAAUUCUGGCAGCGGCAUUAGUGCUCUUUAUGUUUUGCUGACAGCUCUUGGAUACACGCUCUUCCUCUUCUUUGUAGUCAAGCCGGCCUUUACUUGGGUACUCAGACGCACACGUACCUUCGAGAAUGGACCAUCCCAGGGAAUCAUUGUUCUGACUCUCAUGAUUGCCCUUGCAUCUUCCUUCUUCACUGGAGUCAUUGGUAUCCAUCCUAUCUUUGGUGCCUUCAUGGCAGGCUUGAUCUGUCCCCAUGAAGGUGGUUUUGCAGUCAAAGUCACAGAGAAGAUUGAAGAUCUGAUCAGUGCUCUGUUCUUACCGCUCUAUUUCGCUCUUUCUGGACUUUCUACAAAUCUUGGACUUCUCGAUACUGCCAUCACAUGGGGAUAUGUUAUUGGUGUUUUGGCUGUCGCAUUUGUUGGCAAGUUUGUCGGAGCUUCUGUUGCUGCUCGUGUCAAUGGUCUCGUUUGGCGAGAAAGCUUUACCAUUGGCGCUUUGAUGAGCUGUAAAGGUCUUGUGGAGUUGAUUGUCCUCAAUAUUGGCCUGCAAGCCAAAAUCUUGUCUCAAAGGACCUUUACCAUCUUCGUGGUCAUGGCUAUCGUUACCACGUUUAUUACCUCUCCCCUGACUAUGGCUUUAUACCCACCAUGGUACCAAAAGAAGCUUGAAGCCUGGAAGAGGGGUCUCAUCGAUUGGGACACGGGCAAACCACUCACAUCUGGCGACGAUGCCUCGUCUAUCGUUGCGGCAAAGCUUGAAACCAGCAAGAUCAAAACACUACUCGUACAUCUGAGGUUGGAUAACAUGCCUACCUUGAUGACGUUUGUCUCGCUCCUGGCCACUCCUGGGAAAUUUGGUGAUACGGCUACAAGACAGCAUCCCGCAUUGGCUGGCAAAAAGAAUAGUUUGGACGAGACCUUGACGACAUCAAGUCGACCUCUCGAGGUUCAUGGUGUCAGGAUGAUUGAACUCACAGACAGAGACUCAUCUGUCAUGAGUGUCUCUGACGUCGAGGAGUUCCACUGGAAAGACCCUAUCAUCAACACUUUCCGAAACUUCGGCCGACUUUAUAACUUGGCCGUCUCAGGAGAAGUCGCAAUCGCGCCUGAGUCUUCUUUCGCCGAGAUCAUCACAUCAAAAGCAGCCAGCGAAAACUCAGACCUUCUUGUUCUGCCCUGGAGCGAGAGUGGAAGCUUGCACGAACAACAAUCCUACAAUGGCAACCCCACCACACCCCGCCGUCUCGAAGACACAAGUUACGUCAGUUUCGUAGCUGCAGCGCUAAAAUCCUCAACUUGCAAUACUGCAGUCUUUGUGAACCGUGGUUUUGGUGGCAGUGCAAUGGCACAUCGUCCAAGAACUCUAUCUCGUCAAGCCAGCAAGAUUAGUCUGUCGAAUGAUCGCGGACCUGCAUCUUCUCCUAUUGUCGACAAGUCGCACCAUAUCUUUAUGCCAUACUUUGGUGGUGUUGAUGGUCGUGUGGCGUUAAGACUUGUGUUGCAGUUGGCAGAAAAUCCCGAUGUCACUGCCACUAUUGUCUAUUUCGAUAAACUGGACGGCAGUGAUUCCGCUACAGAGCAGGAGACAGAGUCUCAUGGUUCUCCUGUAGAGCUUGCAGGUACAGCUUUGUCGACGUCCAGGAGCGGCAAACCUAAGCCCAUCACAAAAAUCGAACACAGUGAUGAGACAUUCUUCACCAUGCUCCAGAAAUCUCUACCUCUAGAGCUAUCCUCAAGAGUAGUUAUGGAAUCCAUCUCAUCGCACUCGCCCCUCGAAGAAGCAGUUUCACGAGCGCAGGUCGAGGUCGCGCAGAACCCGAAGAAUGCAGGCGAUUUGAUAGUUGUCGGCCGAAAAGAUCUGUCCAACGAGUCAGAAAGAGCAGGUUUGGGCCUUGUUGCUCAACGAUUCGUAGACAGUGGACUGAGAGCGAGUAUUCUGGUCAUGCAAGCCAGACCGUCUUACUCGCCUUCGGAGAUGUUGUAA